GAGGAAGUUGGAGCUUUCAGUUUAGAUGUGCACCCUCUUACCUUCCCUCAGGACGGAAAAUGAGUCUUUUGAUGUCCCACUGAUGUCUUCCCCUACGUAUCAACUUCUGGAGGAACGUGUCUGAGGAUUUGAGCUUCAUUUUGUAAAAGAAGUCUUUUUUUUGGGGGGGGUGGGGGGCAGUUCUGCUUCGGAUUGUCCUACCAUCUGUCAGUGCUGCAGUGUGCAUUAACGUAAAGCGUACCUCGCUUUAGGAGUGUGCGAGUGUGUUCUCGAGAAACCUACACCAUUACCCCACCUCUUCCUCUCUACCUCUCUUUCUCUCUCUCUCUUUUUCUCUGGCACUUUGAGUGCACAGUUGUGCUGGACUUCCUUGGUGCACGGAUCUUCUCAUUAAAUAGAUACAUCAGGAACUGGCACCUAAGCAGAUGUUGUCAGUGAAGGGGUGAGGAGGACCAAGUGGUGAAAGGAAAAAAAAAGAGUGACGACCAAGAACAAGACUGCUAGAAGCAUUUCAAACCUUGUGAAGUAGCUUCUUCUUCCUCCAAGUGUCAGUUUUAAUAAGCUCCAUUAUAGUGAUAUAAUAAAUUAUACAAAAGAACUGUGAGCCUGAGAGAGACGAAACAAGAAGGAUUCAGCCUGGUUUCCAUAGCUGAGCUCAAGAAAUUAAAAGAAGCUAAGUAAGGAAGUGUUUUCUCGCUGCCGGAGAGCCCCUGACUCCUCGCUCAAGAUGAUGAUGUAUUUGUGGGGUAAUCAGGACGCCCCAGCACCCCCAGAAACCAUGGCCCAGCCUUACCCAUCAGCCCAGUUCGCUCCCCCUCAGAACGGCAUUCCUGCUGAGUACACAACGUCCCACCCCCACCCGACUCCAGACUACCCGGGUCAGACCCCCGUGGCAGAGCAUACGCUGAACAUGUACCCCCCUGCGCAGACGCACAGUGAGCCCAGCGGGUCAGACCCCAGCGUACAGGCAGUCUCCGGCACAGCCACACAGACAGAAGAUUCAGCACAGACAGACAGCCAACAGCAAACACAGUUAUCCGAAAACACAGAAAACAAAACGCAGCCCAAGAGGCUCCACGUCUCCAACAUCCCCUUCAGGUUCAGAGAUCCAGACCUCAGGCAAAUGUUUGGCCAAUUUGGAAAAAUCUUAGAUGUUGAAAUCAUAUUUAAUGAGCGAGGAUCAAAGGGUUUUGGUUUCGUAACUUUCGAAAAUAGUGGCGAUGCGGACAGGGCCAGAGAGAAAUUACACGGCACGGUGGUAGAAGGUCGUAAAAUAGAGGUUAACAAUGCAACAGCACGGGUAAUGACGAAUAAAAAGACCAUCAACCCAUAUGCAAAUGGCUGGAAAUUGAAUCCAGUCGUGGGUGCAGUCUACAGCCCAGAAUUCUAUGCAGUGCCAGGCUUCCCAUACCCAGCAGCCACGGCGGCGGCAGCGGCGGCAUACAGAGGAGCACACUUACGAGGAAGAGGUCGUACCGUCUACAAUACGUUUCGGGCAGCCGCUCCUCCCCCACACAUCCCAGCCUAUGGAGGUGUUGUUUACCAGGAUGGAUUUUAUAGUGCAGAUAUUUAUGGUGGUUACGCUGCCUACCGAUACGCUCAGCCUGCUACUGCUACUGCCGCUGCCUACAGUGACAGUUUCGGACGAGUUUAUGCUGCCGACCCCUACAACCACGCACUUGCUCCAGCAGCCACAUACAGCGUUGGUGCCAUGAAUCCUUUUGCUCCAUUGACUGAUGCCAAGACCAGAAGCCACGCCGAUGAUGUGGGUCUCGUUCUUUCUUCUUUGCAGGCUAGUAUAUACAGAGGUGGAUACAGUCGUUUUGCACCAUACUAACAAACCUAUCAAAACCUAUUGAGAAUCUUCCUGUGGGGGUAAAAGAGGAGUAAUUCAGAGGCCUGGGUAUUGCAAUACAUGCAGUAGUGCAUCAUUUUAGCAUCUCUUAAGAGAGAGGAGACAAAAAUGGAUAUUUUUCAUCUUAUACCUCAGAUAUUUUGUGCUGUGUAUUUUAAAAUUGUGGGUUUUUAAUUUCAAAGAUUACAUAGAUUGUCGGCUGUAGAGGUUUCUGUGGUGAUCUAGAGAGCUGCUAGAAAUUAAAAAGAUGAAAAAAAUGAGAUACAAAUUGUUAGGGCUUUAUCGUGUAAAUGAAUUAUGUAUGAUAAAUAUUCGAGUCACUUUGGGGUUAUCAUAUUUUGUAAGAGUGUAAGUGACUAGAGUCAUCCAGUGGUUUCUGCUUUUGUUGACAUCACCUUUUGUCUUUCUUUGGUUCCUUUCAUUUCUGGGUUUCUGUGCCGUAGAGAAAGAGAAAGGGGGUUGUGGGUAGGAGUAGAUAGGCAGACAUCUCUGUAGUAGGUGAAAGACUGGGCUGGCAGUAGACACAAAGCUGGUUAAAGAGACCACUGAGGUAUUGAUUAUUAAAUUAUCUUAUAUCAGUCAUUACUCAAAGCCAAAGGUUAUGUUCCUGGGGUGUUUAAUGUGUAUAUUCCAAUUAUACAUAGCAGCUCGUAGAAACUCCCCAAAAAUUCACCAUGACACUAUUUUACUCUUUAACUAUUAUCUAGUCCUUAAGUCAGACCCUUACUAGUUUAGGCCUACCACAAGAUGUUCUUUUUAUAUUACAGUACUUCCAGUACGUUGAUUGAUAUAAAUGCUGAUUUUUAUAAUAUGGGAGAGAUGAUACAUGAAAAAAGAAAAAGAAAAAAGACGGCGACAGUAGCGCCGAUUAUAUUUUUUGUUUUUGUUUUCCUUUUGUUUUUCAGAAGUAAAGAAACUCUGAUUAUUUGUACAAGAUGAGAGUGGGAAAAAAUAAACUAACAGUGUAUUAAAUUUGAUCUGUGCAGUGGAAAUGUUCUCUUAUAUGAAAAACACAACUGUAUAAUGUUUUAGAUUUAGUGUGGUAGACCAACUGUUAGAGAAAGGUGUCUCAUUUUUUAUGGAAUCAUACACAGAUUUAUAUCAACACUUUACAAGUAAUGCAAUCAUUAUGUAUAUAUAAUCAUAGUAUUUUUGUCAACUGUACAAUUUUGCACACAAAACCUGCAAUUUUUUCAUCACUCUUCACUUGUGGGAUGUUCCGUUGUCUGUUUCUUUUGGUUUCCUGCUUCUUCUUUCAAGUGUUUUGUUUUGAUAUCAUUUUUAAUGAGACAUCCUUUGUACUAUUAUUUUCUAGAACACAGCCUUUACACUUUGAAACUGUUUGAUUAUCAAGAAAUUGAGAAAUAUAUGACUUGUGAAAAAGAUAUCUAUAUGUAAAUAGGAAUAAUGAUGAUAACUAUGUCAUUUACAAGUGCUACACAAACAAGCUGUCAAGGUGUUCUUGAAGAGUCGCAGCUUGGCUGUGCAUUCGCGAAGACUUCCCUUCAUGUUGUUUACAAGUAUACCUAAUUAGAGGUGUUUGUCACAUAUCUCAUUUUUCUUUAUUUUGUAUUUAUGAAAGUUUAAUUGCGUGAAAUACAAACAAAAGAGCAGCUUCAGUUUAUCCAGCUGCAAAUAUCCUCUUGUGUACUAUGUGCGCUUCACGUCACACAAACUUGGCAAAAAUAUCUUACCCACUGCUGUGAUUCUGCUCUUUCUGCUUUAAGUAUGUGUUGUGGACAAGCUUUCUCCUUGUCAUUGUAUGUGCAUGCACUAUGAUCUGCAUAACAAUAACCAUCAAUAAAGUUUCUCAAGAU